AUGUUACGCCGAUGUGUCAAGUCAGGUUCCAGGCAGUUUGGCAUGUGUGUGGAGAGCGAUGACCCAGAUAAAGACUUUGCAGAUUAUGGGACCAUGCUCAAUGUUGAAACUGUGCAUUUUCUUCCUGAUGGACGUUCCAUUGUGCACACAGUAGGUGGACGACGAUUCCGUGUCAUUUCACGAAGCAUGGUAGAUGGUUAUCACACAGCUACUGUAGAAUGGUUACAAGAUGAAAGCGUUGAGGAUGCGGAGGAACUAAAGCAACUCAUUGCGCUAAACAGAGAUGGUUACAUAACAUUGCAGAAUUGGUUCAGCCAGAUGACCACAGAACAGCGUCAGUGCGUCACUAAUGCCAUUGGACCUGUCCCAGCUUUCAAGGAAGACCUUCAGUUACUUCAUGAUGGUCCAGACUGGGUGUGGUGGGUACUUGCAGCAUUACCCCUUCAAGACAAAGCAAAGCUUAUAAUUUUAGGAAUGACAUCAAUGCUUGAACGGCUUAAGAGUGUAUUCCGUUUCUUACAGCUAAUGCUCUCAUUGCAAAGUAGCCCAAUGGAUACCAGUUCUUCGGCUUCCUGA